AUGAUCUUCACCAACGCCAUUCUGGUGAUUAGCGCCUUGCUCCCUGCUACUGUCCUCUCUCUCCAACACACAGAGGACUCUCUCUUCCCCGCCAGAUGCUGGCCCGACCCCUGCGCCGGCAUCACCUUCCAAAACGACACCUACGUCUGCGGGGACCCUCGCCUCGGUCCCGUCGUCCUACCUCAGAAAUUCCCACUCAAUAACGAGCUGCGCACCUACGCGCGGUUCGGCGCCCUCUGCCCGGCCGAGUUCCUAGACAAAUGGGCCACCGAUGUCGCUCCAAACGGGACAUAUAUCUACCCUCCUGCCAAUGGGUUCGCCCUCGACACAGAGGAGCAACCCAUCCUCGGCAACGCGACCUUACCGGUUGGCAUGAAGCUUGACCGUUUCGGAUCGGAGUAUGGCACCUUUCUGGCGCCGCUGGGAGCGCCGUACAUCGAGCGCUCGUUGCCGCCGAGUAAUCUCAACACGUUUGACGGGAUGUAUCCGUACAACUAUCACGUGUACCAGGUGACCAAGGAGUUUGUCGUCGGACUGGGGCCCAUUGCGCCUUGGUUUGAGCAGCCAGGGAUGGGGACGCAGUUCGUGACAUAUACCAAUGUGCUGGGAUUGAUCGAUGAUGGUUACUUGCGACGGUUGGAUGAGAGCGAGUAUGAUGAGAAGGUGGAAUACUCGAAUCCGUAUACUCCGGGGCCGAAUCAGUAG